CGCUGCCUGUGGACUUGGGGGGCGUGGCUCAGGAUGCUCUAAGAAGCUACUAGGGGCCGCGCUCAAGUCCUGGACCCACUCAGAGCGCCCAGCAUCCGCAAGGUUCCAGAUCUGCAACUUGCUUGCCCAGCGCUCCCCAGGUUGAGGCCAGAGUUCCGCACAGAACCUUCCGGUGCCCAGCCCUACUUCAGGAGCCCAGGCUGCCCCCACCCCUCUUAGUUGUGGCUGAAGGCGUGAAGCCAUGAGCUGUCUUCUGAACAAUAUGGUCCUGAUGGGGCUGGCUCUGCUGGUCUGUGGAGUACAGGCCUUUUUCCUUCCCAACACCACGAGCCUGGAGAAGCUGCUGAGCAAAUACCAGCAUGCAGAGCCACACUCACGCGUGCGCAGGGCCAUCCCCAUGUCAGACCGCCAAGAGAUCCUCAUGCUACACAACAAGCUGCGAGGCCAGGUGUAUCCCCCUGCCUCCAACAUGGAACACAUGACUUGGGAUGAGGAGCUAGAGAGAUCUGCAGCAGCGUGGGCACAUAGAUGCCUGUGGGAGCACGGGCCCGCCGGCCUUCUGAGGUCCAUCGGGCAGAACCUGGCUGUGCACUGGGGCAGGUACCGCUCUCCUGGGUUCCAUGUGCAGUCAUGGUACGACGAGGUGAAGGAUUACACCUACCCAUACCCCCACGAGUGCACUCCACGGUGCCGGGAGCGGUGCUCAGGCCCCAUGUGCACCCACUACACACAGAUGGUCUGGGCCACCACCAACAAGAUCGGCUGUGCCGUGCACACCUGUCGGAACAUGAACGUCUGGGGAGACACUUGGGAGAAUGCCGUGUAUCUCGUCUGCAAUUAUUCUCCCAAGGGAAACUGGAUUGGCGAGGCCCCCUACAAGCAUGGCCGUCCCUGCUCUGAGUGUCCAUCCAGCUACGGAGGAGGCUGCCUGAACAAUCUUUGCCACCGAGCAGAAAAGCCUCACAAGCAUAAACCAGAGGUGGAUAUGAUGAACGAGGUGGAAUCGCCCCCUGCUCCAGAGGAAACCCAUGUCUGGGUUCAGCCCAGGGUGAUCAAGACCAAGAAGACCCCAGUCAUCAACUUCAUGACCCAAGUGGUCCACUGUGACACCAAGAUGAAGGACUCAUGCAAAGGAUCCACGUGUAACAGGUACCAGUGCCCAGCAGGCUGUCUGAGCAACAAGGCGAAGGUCUUUGGCUCUCUGUUUUAUGAAAGUUCUUCCAGCAUAUGCCGAGCUGCUAUCCACUACGGUGUCAUCGAUGAUCGAGGUGGCCUGGUGGAUGUCACCAGGAAUGGGAUGGUACCCUUCUUUGUCAAGUCUCAGAAAAAUGGCAUGGAGUCCCUGAGCAAAUACAAGCCGUCUAGCUCCUUCACUGUGUCAAAAGUGACAGAGACGGCCGUGGACUGCCACGCCACGGUCGCACAGCUGUGCCCCUUCGAGAAGCCGGCCACCCACUGCCCGAGAAUCCAGUGUCCUGCGCGCUGUGGAGAAGAGCCAUCCUAUUGGGCUCCUGUGUAUGGAACCAACAUCUAUGCUGAUACUUCCAGCAUUUGUAAGGCCGCUGUGCACGCAGGUGUCAUCGUUGACGAGGUUGGUGGCUAUGCAGAUGUGAUGCCCGUGGACAAAAAGAAGAGCUACGUGGGCUCCCUCAGGAACGGGGUGCAGUCGGAGAGCCUGAACACUCCUCAGAACGGAAACGCCUUCCGGAUCUUCGCCGUCAGGCAGUGAAUUUGGCGACCUGGGGAGAAGGGGGUGUCAUCUACUGGGAUUCGGGGUCCUGCUUUUUAUCUGUACUUUGUCCUUUGGGGGUGGGGGGUGACAGAGAGUCAGGAAUCUUCCUUUUGGUGUCAUUGAACGUCCUGGGCCUCCAUGGCCUUUGGUGAGGGUGACCGAGCACCUUCCCCCUCAUGAGCAGCGUGCCGUGGAGUCUCUUGGCUGGACAACCAGUGCCCAGGCUGGCCAGGUGGCGGUCCCCAUCUGGUGGCUCACCUCCUCUCAGGAGCUGCUCACUGAGACACUCCUUGCCAUGUUUUCUUUGGUGGUGGAGGGGGAAGGCUUUCGAACCCUGAGGAUACAGGUUUGAGAUAUGUCAUGAAUGGGGCUCUUGUCUGGGUGACAAGAGUCGACAGCUAUAAGGUUACAGUCCGUCCUACCGACAGAGAAAUGGGGUCUGUGUUUGCUGGUCAGACAGAUGGGCUGCAGGGAGAAGCCCCGAGCAAGACCUGGGCUCUGCCCUGGUGGUGUCUAUCCGUGCUCACAUUCCCCAACCUUUUUGGCAGUCACGUGCUUAUAAGUCCAGCAGAGCUGGUCUAUUUAAAGUUGGUAGCACUCCAGAGAUUUAUCUUGUCUUUGUCCUUGUCUGUGUGGCCUUUUCUCACAUGACCUUUGGUCUCAUGGAGGACCAAUACAUCAGGAGCCUUCCCUACCAUUCCCUGACCCUGUGGCAUCUGCCCCACCCUCAGCAGAUCUAGGUGUCCUCCUCUGGGGUUUGGCUUUGCAAGAGGCUCCAGGUCUCAGAUGUCUUCUCACUUCUUAGAAUAAGGGCUGCCUCCCAGCCGCCGUCAAGAGUGACAAUUGAACGUCACUUCCCCCUGGUUUGGGUGACCUAGUUUUUAAGCUGUGGGAGGAGUAGAUUCCUGGCACAUUCCUCAUGGGGGUUAAUGGAGUGGCCUGUGGUUGUAAAACCACCCAUGACACACCAGCCACCAGAAAGAGGGGCCCGGGACACACAGGAAGAACCCCUCAGUGCCUGCCAGCAUCCCCAGGCUCCAAGAGUGUGGUGAGCCCUGGCUCCCAUCACUUAGGAGCCUGGUCCAAACCCACUGUAAAAUGAAGCAUGCUUCUGUAAACAGCUUUACUCUAGAGAAGGUGGAAUCCCACCCCAGUCCUGAGCAUGGGGCAGAUUGCCGGUGAGUGCUAGCCAAACACAAACAGGGUUGCGUGCUCCAGCCAAAUAUUUCUUAGACCAAAAAAAAAAAAAAAAAAAAAGGGAAGGGGGUUAAAAAAUAAAACAGAACACCAUCCCCCCAAUCAAAAGGCUGGGGAGGUGGCUUGGUGGUUAACAGAUCUUGUUGCUCUACCGGAGGACCUGCGCUCAGUUCUCACUAUUCACAGGCCGUUCAAGAGAUCUCUGGUCUCCACAGGCACCACACACAUUCACAGGAGCAAAGUACAAAUGGUUCUUUAAAAAAAAAAAAGAAAAGAAAAAAACCCUAAGGGAGUCUGAACAAAUCUCUCCCCCUAGUUGGGUUAAAUGUUUAUUUGUUUGAGACAGUUUCACUAUGGUAGUCCAGGCUGGCCUUGACCUCAUUAUGUAGCCCAGGCUGGCCUCCUGAGUGCUAAGAUAGCUUUUCCCCAAUCCACCCCUUCUGGGGAGAUUAUAAAAAGCACACAGCCUUGAACCAGCUCUAGUCAGCCUUUCACUAGGCUGUUUCUGCCUCAUGGGUGUGGGUGUGGUGUCUUUGAGGGCAUAAACUCUUCCACUCCAGAUGUUGGAGCAGACAUCUGCGCAGUCUGUGGAAGGGGACCUCUGGUUGCUACCAAACAUCUGGGAAACUUCCCGAUACAAGGAGUGCUGCCGUAGGACCCUUCACCAAGCCAGCAGGGCAAGGCUGACGUGGUAAGGAAAACCAUACCCCUUCUGGGUUUCUAGAAUGAGCAGCCAAUCCCAUCUUCAGGGAACUUGCUGUGUGAGUCUGUACUGAGGUUCUCUGAGUUCCCUGGCUGCCCUUCCAUCAGGCACAGAGCCUGGCCUAGCAGCCUCGAUCGAUCACCUUCAUCAAUAGUUUGAAACUGGAGGAAACAAAACCACAAAUGACAAGACCUUACAUCAGAGCCCUUCUGACCCUGUGUGUCCAUCCAUCAGCUCUUCCUUAAAGUGACCACGCCCACACCAGCUGCACAUCCCCCCAACCCCCCCAGCUCCGGCCUGGUCCUGCGUUGGGUGAGAGUUUCCAUUUGCUUCCAAGCUGUGCCCGGUCUGUUCAGAGGGGUGUGCCGAUUCUCCAUGAUCUGUAGGCUUUCUCAGCCCGCAGUUUACUGUGUGCUUUUUUUUUCUAUGAAAAAUGAUAUAUUUUACAACUUCCUAUGUACAAAAGUUUAUUGUAAGUUUUUGUGCUUCGCAUGAACAGGGCCACACUGGUUGUUGCUAUGGUUUCAAUAAAACGGAUUUGAUUUCUAACACAU